AUUGCGCGCGGUUAGGGCUUUCUGGGGCGGGGAGGUGCUGGCCUCUUCCCUCCCUAUACCUGCUGUCUUGUCAGGCAGCGAGCAUUGCUUAAGCGCUUGCUGUAUACCUAGGGCACUGAGCUAACCCUGGGCAUACAAAGGAAGAUGGAGACCCAGUCCCUGCCCUCUGUGGCUUCCCAGUCCAAUGGGGGGGGACAAGAUGCCCACAGACAUGUACAAAGCCAGCCUGGACUGAGAUCGGUCUCCAGAGAGCUCUGCCCUCUCCAGUCACUGGAAGAAGAGAAGGAGGAGGAGGAGGAGGAAGAAGAGAUGGCUGGGCUGCUCCUGACAAGACCCCACCAGGGCGCUGUGACCUUCUGGGACGUGGCCGUGGACUUCACCCCGGAGGAGUGGGGGCAGCUGGCCCCUUUUCAGAAGGAGCUCUAUCGGGAGGUGAUGCUGGAGAACUACCGGAACCUGGUGUGCCUGGGACUUGCAGUUUCCAAACCAGAUGUGAUUGGCCAGCUAGAGCAAGGAGAUGCGCCUUGGAUGGCCGGAGGAGAUAUCCCAAAGAGCAGCUGUGCAGAAUUUGAGAUACUGCCUGAAACCAAAGAAUCAGCUCUGAAGUUUGUCAUUCCUAUAGAAGGAUCAUCUAAGAAAAAACUGUCCAGGGAUUGGCCCUGGGUUUCCAGAUUGGAAGAAGAUUCAGAAAGUGGUACCAGUUUGGAGAGGCAGCAGAUAGAGAACAGUAAAGAAAGACAUUCUAGAAUUCAAGCUGAAGAGACACCUCCAAAAUGUAAUAAAUGUGGGAAGGUCGUUUUUGAGAGCAAACAACUUACUCAGCCUCAAACACUCCCUACUGGAACAAAACCUUGUAAAUAUAAGGAAUGUGGAAAGGUCUUUAAUCAGGGAACAGGAUUUAGUGAGCAUCGCAUGAUUCACCCUGGAGAGAAACUUUGUGAAUGUAAUGAACAUGGCCAAGCCUUCCCCCAGGAUACAAGAUUUCCUCAACAUCAGAAAAUUCGUACCAGAGAGAAACUUUAUGAAUAUAAUGAACAUGGAAAGGCCUUCCACAAGCAAACACAAUUUACUGUACAUCAGAGAAUUCAUACCACAGAGAAAUCUUAUAAAUGCAAUGAAUGUGGAGAGGCUUUUAGCCAGAGCUCACAACUAAAUCCACAUCACAGAAUUCAUAGUGGCAAGAAAUCAUAUGAGUGUACCGAAUGUGGCAAAGCCUUCCGUUACAGUUCCUACCUUACAGAACAUCAGAGCAUUCAUACCAGAGAGAAAUCUUAUAAAUGUAAGGAAUGUGGGAAGGUCUUCCAGUGUAGCACAGACCUAAUUCUUCAUCAGAAAAUUCACAUUGGAAAGAAACCUUAUGAAUGUAGUGAAUGUGGGAAGACCUUCCGUAAGCGAACACAAUUUACUGUACAUCAGAGAAUUCACACUGGAGAGAAACCUUAUAAAUGCAAUGAAUGUGGAAAAGCUUUUAGCCAGAGCUCACAACUCAAUCUACAUCAAAGAAUUCAUAGUGGAGAGAAACCUUAUGAAUGUAAUGAAUGUGGGAAGGCCUUCUGCCAGAGCUCACAACUUUCAGUACAUCAGAGAAUUCAUACUGGGGAGAAACCUUACAAAUGUAGUGAAUGUGGGAAGGCCUUUCGGCAAAGUGAACAGCUUACACUACAUCACAGAAUUCAUAGUGGAGAGAAACCUUAUGAGUGUAAUGAAUGUGGAAAGACCUUCCGAAGUAGUUCACAACUUACUGUACAUCAGAAGGUUCAUACUGGAGAGAAACCUUAUGAAUGUAAGGAAUGUGGGAAGGCCUUCCGCUGUAGCUCAUACCUUACAGUGCAUCAGAGAAUUCACACUGGAGAGAAACCUUAUAAAUGUAAUGAAUGUGGAAAGGCCUUUCGUCAGAGGGAACAACUUACCCUACAUCACAGAAUUCAUAGUGGUGAGAAACCAUAUGAGUGUAUUGAAUGUGGCAAGGCCUUCCGUUAUAGCUCCUACCUUACAGUACAUCAGAGAAUUCAUACUGGAGAGAAACCAUAUGAAUGCAAGGAAUGUGGGAAGGCCUUCCAUUGUAGCACAGACCUUACUGUGCAUCAGAAGAUUCAUACUGGUGAGAAACCUUAUGAAUGUAAUGAAUGUGGGAAGGCCUUCCGCACACAUACUCAGUUUACUGUCCAUCAGAAAAUUCAUACUGGAGAAAAACCUUAUGAAUGUAAGGACUGUGGGAAGGCCUUUAGACAGAGCAUAGAACUUACUGUACAUCAAAGAACUCAUACUGGGGAGAAACCUUAUGAAUGUAAUGAAUGUGGGAAGGCCUUCUGCCAGAGUAUACAACUUUCUCAACAUCAAAAAAUUCAUACUGGAGAGAAACCUUAUGAAUGUAAUGACUGUGGGAAGACCUUCUGCCAAAGAACUGGACUUACUGAACAUCAGAAGAUUCACACUGGAGAAAAACCUUAUGAAUGUAAUGAGUGCAAGAAGGCCUUUCGAAAUAGUAUACAACUUACUCAGCACCUGAGAAUUCACACUGGAGAGAAACCCUAUGAAUGUAAUGAAUGUGGGAAGGCCUUCUGUCAAAGCUCACAACUGUCUGUACAUCAGAGAAUUCAUAGUGGAGAGAAACCUUAUAAAUGUAAUGAAUGCGGGAAGGCCUUCCGUCAUAGUGCACACCUUACUCUACAUCAGAGAAUUCACAGUGGAGAGAAACCUUAUGGUUGUCCUGAAUGUGGGAAGGCCUUUCGAAGUAGCUCACAUCUCACUCUGCAUCAGAAAAUUCAUACUGGAGAGAAGCCUUACGAAUGUAAGGAAUGUGGGAAGGCCUUCCGCUGUAGCUCAUAUCUUACUGUACAUCAGAGAAUUCAUACCGGAGAGAAACCUUAUAAAUGCAAUGAAUGUGGGAAGGCAUUCUGCCAGAGCACACAACUUACUCGACAUCAGAGAAUUCAUAUUUGAAAUCUUUUCAAUAGUAAAUCCUUAUGAAUGUGCAAA